GCUGUCCCGGGAGGUGCAGGAGGCGGGAUCGGAGGCGUAAAACCCAGCGAAACGGGGGGCCGUGCCUGUUGCACUGUAGCUCUUGCUGUGUCCGAGGAUUGACAGCCCGGGUUGUAGCCGCUGUUGAAACGAGUGAGGGGGUUUAAAACGGCAACAUGUUGCGCUCCGUGCUUUCCAGAUCGCUGCUCCGGGUCUGUGACCGGGGGUCCAUCCGGCUGCCUGCGCAUAACUACUCUGCUGCGUCGGCAAUCCCCGCUCCUAACCCCCAGCCUGAUGUGCACUUCAACAAGAUCUUCAUCAACAACGAGUGGCAUGAUGCGGUCAGCAGGAAGACCUUUCCGUCUAUAAACCCCGCCACGGGGGAAGUCAUCUGCCAGGUUGCGGAGGGAGACAAGGCGGACGUCGACAAGGCUGUGAAGGCUGCCAGGGAGGCUUUCAGGCUCGGGUCGCCCUGGCGACGGCUGGACGCCUCUGAUCGGGGGCUCCUCUUGAACCGAUUGGCCGAUCAGAUCGAGAAACACGCCGCCUACCUAGCUGCCCUGGAGACCCUGGACAAUGGCAAGCCUUACGCUGUGGCCUACAGUGUGGACGUCCCCAUGGUGGUGAAAUGCUUGAGGUACUACGCUGGCUGGGCCGACAAGUGGGAAGGGAAGACCAUUCCUGUCGAUGGCGACUAUUUCUCCUACACGCGCCACGAGCCCAUCGGGGUGUGCGGUCAGAUCAUUCCCUGGAAUUUCCCGCUGCUGAUGCAGGCGUGGAAGCUGGGCCCGGCCCUGGCCACGGGCAACACUGUGGUGAUGAAGGUGGCCGAGCAGACUCCUCUCACUGCGCUGUAUGUGGCCAGCCUCAUCAAAGAGGUGGGGUUCCCUCCGGGCGUGGUCAACAUCGUGCCAGGCUACGGCCCCACCGCGGGCGCCGCCAUCUCCACCCACAUGGACAUCGACAAGGUGGCCUUCACGGGCUCCACUGAGGUGGGCCAUCUGAUCCAGCAGGCCGCCGGGCGCAGCAACCUGAAGAAGGUGACGCUGGAGCUGGGAGGAAAGAGCCCCAACAUCAUCCUGUCGGACGCCAACAUGGAGGAGGCGGUGGAGCAGGCCCACUUCGCCCUGUUCUUCAACCAGGGCCAGUGCUGCUGUGCGGGCUCGCGCACCUUCGUGCAGGAGGACAUCUACCAGGAGUUCCUGGAGCGCAGCGUGGAGAGGGCCAGGAGGCGGGUGGUGGGGGACCCAUUCAGCUUGCAGACCGAGCAGGGCCCGCAGGUGGACGAGGAGCAGUUCCAGAAGAUCCUGGGCUACAUCAGCUCGGGGAAGCGCGACGGCGCCAAGCUCAUGUGUGGCGGUGGCGUGGCAGCGGACCGAGGGUACUUCAUCCAGCCCACUGUGUUUGGGGAGGUGCAGGACGGCAUGACCAUUGCCCAGGAGGAGAUCUUCGGUCCGGUGAUGCAGAUUCUGAAAUUUAAAACUCUGGAGGAAGUCAUCGAACGAGCCAACAACACCAAAUAUGGGCUGGCAGCGGCAGUCUUCACGAAAGACAUCGACAAAGCUCACUACGUUUCUGGAGCCCUGAGAGCCGGCACCGUCUGGAUCAACUGCUAUGAUGUGUUUGGUGCCCAGGCUCCGUUCGGGGGCUACAAGGCUUCAGGAAACGGGCGUGAGCUGGGAGAGUACGGCCUGGACAACUACACCGAAGUUAAAACGGUGAGUCCAUCUGGCUGCAGAAAGGGCCUGACGAAGCUGCUGGCCAUUGGUAGGCAGAGGGUCACGUCUCCGGAUGGUGCGAUCCAGGGCAUCCCAAAGGUGCUCCAUGGGGUUAAGGGUCAGGUCGUGUUGCCUCACAUAGGGAAUGAUGAUCUGCUGCACGAUCUCAUCCCUAUAACGCACCCCGUUCAGCCGGCCCUCAAUGAAGUGGAGCUGCGUCCGGCCUGUAUGGUGAAUACCAGCCCACACCAUUACUCCGGUUCCACCCUGGGGCCUCCCACACGAGCCCCAGUCCUCUCCCUCUCCAUGAUCGUUACGGUGAAGCCAGGAGGAGGGCUCCCGUUCCUUUGUCUGACGAUCCGUCUAGCCGGCUCCGCCAGCCCCCGGUCGCCUCCACAGACUCUGCGCUCCCUCGCCGGGAAGGAGUCGUUCGCCGAACAGCCGGAAUUAUGGACUGUCACCUUGAGUCUCGGGUAG